ACGCCAAACUAUAUGUAUUUUAAAAGACGAGAGCUUUAUGUCCCUUUAGCGGCCUGCUUCCACCCGCAUCAAGCCCAAAAGCCACAACGCUAAUCGCGUUAGCAAAUGGGCUAAUCGAAAAGCUCACAUACCUGCGACGUCAUCUGCUCAUUAUUUUAUGUUAAUUCCAAGAAAAGGGGGUACUGAAUCCAAAACAUCACAUGGCUGUCUCACGUAUUUUCUUGACAAAAAACGCAUUUUAAACGAGGAAUUCGUGAUAAAGAUGGGGUCUGGUCGUCGUUGCGAUUUCACUAUAUCGCCACUAGAGGGUGACGUGUCACCUGUUUAAGAAGCGUUACAGUCUUGUCGACACAAACAAGUAAAAACAAUACAUUACUUUCAAAGACAUGCCUCAUAAAGUAAAAACCCAUAUUACAGGACAAUACAUCCCAUAAUGUUGGAUACAAUAAAGGCAUGUAAACAGUUUUGUAUGAACGGCACUUGAAACAUUCAUUCAUUGCGCUCAGUACCGCUGUUUGAAGAGUCGCAGGCAGUUCUUACCGAUAUCAGACAUUGUGACGUAUUUUCUCAUUGCAGUGCUCAGCAGGAAGUAACGCUUCCACUCUGGCUAUGGGACGUCUUGGCUCAGCAGAAAAGUAAGCAAGAGAGGGUGACUGGUUUGAGGCCGAGUCUCAUAAAGACCUUGAACAAGGAGUUUCAACGGCAUAGAAGCAACAGGUCGCCAGCUUAAAGUGUGAGCGAGUUUCCGUCAUGUCGGGCAUGACGAGUGGUGUUUGUGUGGAGAGUGACCUCUCGUCUAUGCUCCAGAGAAGCUCCACCUCGGCCCAUCACCACCCCAACCACCCCAGCUACAGUGGGCAGGGACAGAUGUCGACUUUGGCUCCCAUGCUGGAUUACACCACCGAGAUGGACCGGUACCGCUCCUCCAUCGCCAAUUUCUACAAAAGCAACGUCAACAUGAACGUGACAAACUUUCCUCAGUCUGCCAAACUGGCAGCUCGCUUGGCAGCGGCGACGCCGAUCUUCCCUCCUGCCGCCACUCGACUGGGUGCAAUGGCAACUGCGCCGUGGGGUUGCCACGAAAACAUGAACGUCAACAUGAACCACCCGGCUGCCAUGUUCUGGGGUCGGCCCAAACCGGUGGCAACUGCGCCGGCGCAUCACCAUCACCCGCUUCACCACCCGUCCGCGACCACGGCGGGCCACAUGGCUUCCACAAACCCACACAGUGCAAGCAUGCAUCAUAGCAGUGGAGGGUCGAGGGCAGAAGGCGGGAGCAGCAGUGAGGCGGCGGGAGUAGAGAAACACGGACAUACUGCCACCUCACUUCCUGUCGCCCAGGGAGCAGCGCACCACCCCGCCAUGGCGCCGAGCAACGGAAACUUUCUACCGGGUUAUGGAGGAGGCGCAGACUGUGGGGUCAUGAACAAGCAAGUCCACCCGGACAUGAUGGGUCUCUCUGAAGGAGGGAGCUGCAAUGGUGGAGGAGUUAUGAGCGGCAGUUUUUUGGGGGGUCUGGGGUUACCCCCUGGUGUCAUUGUGAUGGCAAUGGGAUCAGCAGGCAGCGGGAUCUCGGACACCAGCAGCGCCUUUCAGAUGACCAGCAGCCAGCGAGCGCUGACGGACUGCCAACAGCAUGCCAACCCCUCACCCUGCCCCUCCUCCUCCUCGCCCUCUUCUUCAGGGGUGACAGCCACCGGUGUGGUCAUGUCUUCAUCCUCCUCCUCCUCGUCCGGGGCAGUGGCCAAAAGGAAAAGGAAACGUUGCGGAGUAUGCGGUCCGUGUCGGCGGCUCAUCAACUGUGGCGUGUGCUCCUCCUGUAGAAACAGGAAGACGGGUCACCAGAUCUGCAAGUUCAGGAAAUGUGAAGAGCUGAAGAAGAAACCGGGAGGCGGAGGCUCACUGGAGCGACCGCCGUCCGUCCCCACAGGUGAGGCGUUCCGAUGGUUCUUCUAGCCGAUCGAGAGGCCCCAAUCUAAAGACUUUGUACUGUCAGCUGAAGGUUUCCAGCAUCUCCUCAAAGGAAGGAGAAUGGAAGUCAGUGGGGGCAGUUUGGUUACGCUCAACCUUUCUCUCACAAAAUGUUUUCAUCAAAAGUCGUUUUUCUUUUUUUUUUUUUUUACAAAUU